AUGUCAAGGUCCUCCAGAGCUCAGAAACCUCAAGAGUCGACACAAAGAUGGCUUACGGGUGCAGGCGAGGGUGGUUAUCUCCUCCUGGUCAAUGCGACGCCUUAUACUUGGAGGAAAAAGUCGAUCCAUAGCGAUCAAUUGGCCGUUUGGCGCUUCCCACGGAAGAUUAAACCUGGCUCGACGGCCUCCGUGUACAUCGAGUUCCAGCAACGCCCAGGGACGAAACGAACGAAAACGAACGGUUAUUGCCUCUACAAGUUCAAAGAUACUCGAAGCUCUGCCAUACAUAUUGAAGCUGAAGACCAUCCAUCAAACAUCACGGUCCGGUUGCAACAUUUUGACACUCCGAAUAAUCCCGGUGGUAGCUACCUACCUCUUGGAUGGCAACAGGAUGGAAUGGUUUACUUUGUCCUGUCGGGUCUUGAAGGUCAAUAUUCCUCUAGCAACCCUCCUCGUGAUUGGAUGCAGCGAAACCUCCCCAAAUUGGGAGAAAGACCUCUUCACAAGAUAUGCAUGCCUGGCACUCACGAAGCUGGGAUGGGAAUUCUCUCACGCUGCGAAGCACUUCCCAAAGACCUCAUGGCGCGUUUCGCUCAAACGCAGUCGUUGAAAAUCCUUGGGCAGCUUGAAAUGGGCUCACGAUACUUGGACAUCCGACCGUGCAUCUCUGGUGGUGAAUUCUGGACCGGUCAUUACGAUGGAAGGCUGGGAGCACGAGGCCAAAAGGUAUCUUCGCUCGUCAAAGACAUCAACCAGUUCACUGCACAAUGUGCCGAAUUGAUCAUCUUGAACCUGUCUCGUGGACUAAACUUCGAUAAAGAAUGGCGUCACUUUACGCAAUCAGAAUGGAGCCGGCUCCUUGUGGAACUCUUGAAGUUGAAUCACCGCUUCAUCACUAGUGGGCCGGAGAAAGACAACCUUAGUCUCCUGCCACUGUCCAUGUUCAUUGGCGAAGGGAUGGCUGCAGUAGUGGUGGUAGUUGAUGAUCCUGAAUUCGGCAAGCUCAGCCGCUUUCAUAACAAGGGAUUUUAUCUACCAUCGCAGCUGGAUAUCUUUCAUGAGUACUCUGACACUGAUGACUGUGUGACAAUGGUCCAGGAUCAGGUACGGAAGAUGCAGAACUUUAUGCGCACAAGUGACAAGCGUUUGUUCUUAGUCUCUUGGACGCUGAGGCCAAAUGCUCCGAAUCUGACCCAAGAGGCUCUGAGGUCGCCCGACAAAUUGCAGAGUCUGGAUGUACUUGAUGUUUGGAAACAAAACAACAAGUCGAUCAGGGAGUUGGCGUACUCGGCCAACAAAGCGUUGUGGAAGGACCUACUGCCAAACACGAGCCGAGUUGUGUUCCCCAACAUUGUGUACAUUGACUUUAUGGAGAGCAGGGAGUAUGUUGCAUUGGUCAUGGCCAUCAACGACAAGCUGUCGAUAGAGCCAUGA